UGUUUUAUUUUGUUUUCACUUUGUUUUGCCGCCAAAUAAAAUGGAUCUAAGCGCAUAUAAGGAUAUAUGCUUUGAUCCAGACCAUAAGAGGAAAGAAAGAAAGGUCUAUAAUCAUGAGGAACUCACGACAUUCCUGGCCAACUCUUCCAUAAAGGAUUACUUUCGUAGUGCGCCCCAAAUAACAGAUUCGCAUCAGCUGCUAAGCUACUUGAAUGCGACUUUGUCCAGCCAUGCAUGGGGAGUUUUUGAUCUGGAGGAGCUGCUUGAUCUCUACAUUCUGGCCAUAAUGAUGAUGACAUACGACGAGGAAAAUUUUAUAGUCGUCAGGGAGCGCUUUAUGCUGGUGGAUACUGUCUCAAAUUUAGGAGAUGGUCUGCAGCUACCGCAUAUUGACUUUAUUGCCAAUGGAUUGUACGAGAAGUUCGUGCACGGCGAGGGAGCCAAGCGAUUGCAAAAUGUUUUGAACAUGCAGAUGGCCAUUCCCCAUCUAGUGCUCUCAUCUGGCCAUGGCAGUGGCGUUGCCAUGGCCCUGCUUCUGACCAUCUUUGCCAGGUACACCAAACUCCCAGUAAAGCUGCAGAAGACUGGUAAUGCACAGAAUGCAUUCCAAAUGGCAAAGUUUGUCCGUUGGCAGGAGCUAGCGGACGCUGGUAAAUAUCAGGAAAUGUUCAUGAUGAUGCGGACAAUUUGCCUGCUCCUAAAUAUGCCAAAUAUUCGUAAAGAGUUUCACGAUAAUGAAAUGGGAUCUGAGAUGCACAAAUACUUCCUAGGCGUGCUCAGGGGAUUGGGUAGAUCCGACAACCAAACAUUCUUUGCCAUGAUGGUGGAGCGAUUCAUUGCCUUCUGCGUUGUACGCGGGGCAACAUAAAAUUUGCUGUAGUGCCUGUUGCACUCCUUUAAAGAUGCCAAUGCUGAGAGUUUCGAAUAAGUAUUAUUUUUUGUACCCAAGAUAGAGUAUCGAUACUACGGAAUAGAUGUAUAAAUACAUAUAUAAACAA